AUGUCUGACGAGCAAGUUCCAGGCUCUCCUUCCACCGUUAAUGAAGAAAACCAACAAGAACUGGUUAUACAGAACCUCGAUCAUCCUGACAAGGCCUCUAGUCAGGGCUCUCAUGACCAUUUAAAUCCCAACGACCAUGUCAACCCAGAUGACCAUGAAGAGAAACUCGAAAGGCACGAAUAUGAAAAGACAGAGGAGGCUCCUACUGCGAAUAAAGGUGGUGGUGAUGGGUCGGGACAAAAGAAGAAAAGAAAGGGGAGAUCCAAAGUGGAUGGUGAUGACCAAGUUGGCUCUAGCAGUGGCGGUGUGAGAAAACACAAAAGACCGCGUGUAUUAGAUGCACCCAAUUGUAAGCCGUCAUGUCCAGAAUGUGACAAGAAGUUUUCGUCCUGGAAAGCCAUGUUUGGACACAUGAAAAAACAUCCAGGAAAGGGUUACGAGGGAGCCUUUCCGCCUCCCAAGUUUACCCCGCCCACCUCUCCAAAGAAACCCGUCAGCGCUGAUGAGCAAAGGGGAAUUGAAGAGGCUGUUCCGGCUUUGCUUCAUCUGGCGAGAAGAAUGACAGGGACAGAUGAUGACAGGGAGACUGAGGAGGAUGGUGGUGGGACAAGAAGGGAAAUUGAGAUCAAUCUUAAUGAUUCCCAAAAGCCCCAAGAAGAAGAACCUCCAUCAUUGUCAGAAACUGGUGACGUCAAGGGUUUUGAUCUCAAUCUUACUCCACCCCACGAGGAUAAUUGA